AUGGAUUUAGAUUGGAAGAGAAUAUGCUGCAGAAGUGAGACAGAAAUAAAAGAAGGAAAACAAGGGGAAAUAAUACUUUUUAAAGAAAUAAGUGAGUUACCCAGUGAUAUCCAGGCAAUUGCAUCUGUACUCCCUGGUAAUCCAUCUAAUAUGUGGACUGUAUAUAACGAGAGAGUUUGUGUUCUAUGCAAAGUAACAGAGGAUAAAAUGAACAAUUUGACGGAAAUCAGAAGCAUAGCAGCCAAGGCAACUGGAAGACUAUUGAAGGAAGAGGUUGAGUUUGUGGUAAUUGACAAGGAAAAAGAGUCUGUAAUUACACCCUGGGUAGUAGAAGGUAUUAUUAUCUCAUCGUAUAAAUAUGAUUUACUGCACAGCAAGAAGAAUACUCCAUUGAGACUAGUGUAUACAGGAGAAAGUAUAGAUGUACUACAGGCCAUACAAGUAUCUGAGGCCCAGAACUUUGCCAGGUUCCUAGUGGAUACGCCUGCCAAUAAAAUGACACCAACCUUAUUCGUGGAAUACUCUAAGGCAUAUCUCCCAAAGGAUGUAACUGUAAAGGUAUAUGGAAGGGAUGAAAUAAAGAAGAUGAACAUGAAUCUCUUCUUAGGGGUCUCGAAUGGAUCUGUUGAAGAGCCUAAGCUUCUUGAGAUUUCCUACAGCAAGGGCAAGGAAGACGGGAAGGAGUGUAUUGCUUUGGUUGGAAAGGGAAUUACCUUUGACUCAGGUGGUAUCAGCUUAAAGCCUUCUGCUAAGAUGGCAGCCAUGAAGGGUGACAUGGGAGGAGGUGCUUCUGUAGUUAGUACAAUAGGUGCACUUGCCAGGUUGUCUGCGAAUGUAAAUGUAGUUGGGAUUAUCCCUCUGACAGAGAACCUUCCAUCCGGGAGUGCAACCAAGCCAGGAGAUGUACAUAUUGGGAGUGCAGGGAAGAGUGUGGAAGUGGAUAACACAGAUGCAGAAGGAAGAUUAGUUCUGGCUGAUGCACUUGAUCAUGCAUUGAAAUUCAAUCCUGUCAAGAUCAUUGAUAUUGCCACAUUAACAGGUGCAAUUACAGUCUCACUUGGGCCUGUCAUGGCAGGACUAUUCAGUAAUUCAGACGAACUGGCUGAGUCCCUGGCUAGUACGUCCUUUGAGGUGGGGGAUAAGCUGUGGAGACUGCCUGUGACAGACGAGUACAAGUCCCUGAUCUCAUCCGAGGUUGCAGACUUAAAGAAUGUCGGGGGACCAGCAGGAGGAUCAAUUACAGCAGCACUCUUCCUGAGGGAGUUUGUUAAGGAGACACCUUGGGCACACCUUGACAUAGCAGGCGUAGCAUUCAAUACCCUGACACCAGAACUGCAUGGAAAGGGUGCCACUGGAAGACCAGUCAAACUGCUUACAAACUGGGUAAUGAGACAGUAA